AUGCUUACGCCCCGUACAAGCAGUGCAUUCGUAUGCCUCCGAUGUGAAGCCCGACUGGCCCGUCAGCCUCGUCCUGCGCUCCCUCGCCGACCCUCGCAUGCCCAAUUUUCUACAUCCGUACGCCAGCGCGAUGACGCGCAAGAAGUCGAGGCUCAGCCUCAGCCUUCUAGGGUUAAAAUCACAAAGUACAUGCAGCGGCUAAACCGGUUGAGAAUCGACAGGGGCAACGUCAUUCGAGAAACAUCGGCAAGACUCAAUGGCAUCAAGCGCUUGGGCGACGAUGCUGAGAUUUUGGUCUUGGAAGAGAUGAUUGAUCUGGCACACUACACAACAACCCCCAAAGAGCCCGAACCCGUCGAACCCGAUGAGCCCGUCGAGGUGCCCGAUAUCGAAGCCGCUCUGCAAAAUGAGGGCAAAGCCGUCGAACCAGAAGAUAUCUACCAGCAAGUCAUGAGCUUGUGCCCGCCGAACAAUGGCGAUCCCAACGAGCCUCACUACGUCAAGCAGACUAAAUUUAUCAAGCUGAAGAAGGUCUUGAUGAACGGCUUCACCCAAAACCAACUGAUGGUCUUUUACUCGGUCGCCAAGAAUAUACAACAGAAAAAGGUCAACAAGGGGGUCCUGGAUAGCAUAAAGCGCGACAGUAGCGACCCAAAUCAGCCAAUAGAGCGCUCUGAGUGGCAGCCCGGUACCACAAAAGUUACCGAACGCCUACCUGGAGUCGACCGCCAUGUGAAAGUCAUGGGCUGGCGGAGGUACGUCAGCAAGCAGUUGCUAGUUGACCGCAUCCUCAGAGAUGCUUGGAACCUGAUGCUCUUAGAGGAGAUUGAGGCGCCUGGCGAGAUUGAGUUCUUCCUAAGGCCAUGGCAACUGGCCCUGCUCAAUACCGGAGAAAAGGAAACAGUGCUCAAUAAGAUUCGACAGGCCAGGCGGGCCAAGGUUGAAGUCUUGAAGCAGUUCGACGUCAUCCGUAUCACGGCUGACAAAAGCACGGCUGAGUAUGCUGCGAAUGACAUAGAAAAUGCUCUACAGACUACGGUGACCGAACGGAUCAACUUGCUUCCUUACAAGCCAUUGCUAAUCGAUGGCAUUGUGUCGAAUGACAAGAAGCCGGACUUGACUGAAUUGUUUUCACAAAAGACCCUAGACACUGUCUCAAAGCUUACCCAGACUGUCAUCGAGGUUACUACCAAGCUAGUGUUCACUAUUCGGGGCUUUGACAGCACUGCCGUGGAGGAGGCAAAGCGGACCUUGGUCAAGUUCCUACCAUUCAAGGACUCCACAGUCCGUACAUUUGAUACCCUAAAGCUAGGGAGUGCCAAAAGUGCAAGUUUCCUAUUGCCGGUCUUCCCAGAAGAGAAGUCAAUGGAUCACAAGUACCGCGACCAACAACUGGGUCGUAUGUCGAUGCCCAUCGUACGCCUGACUGGACCUGAGAAUGUCGAUAAUUCGGUAGAGAAACCUCACAAAAUUCCCAAGAUUCCCAAGACAUCACUGAGUGGUCUCAUGACUCGAACUAUGGCGACUGUACUGAAGCCGACUUCUGAUGCACCAAAGCCUUUAGAAGCGACCGACGUUUGGGUGCCAGUACCAGAGUACAGGCUCUCAGCAGAAAUCGGCCAGGCACUUUUCCCCUUAGCACACGCAGAUCCUACCAAAGCAAUUCAGACCGCGCUCGCUCAACCGUCUCAAGCCACAUUCCUGCCCACCUUUCCCGGCCUGAACAGUCUGCUCACAUCGCCGGAAGUAACAGCAACCGCACGCUUACGCGUGCCAUCUCUACUCUACGAUUUCAUGCCCAGUCCCGACCAGCCUGACUUUGAACGCGGCCAACUGUUCCCCAAGCUCCAAAUCCAAAUGCGCCCCGGUUACAAUGGCGCAAAGCCAAUCUUCCGUAAACUCACCCUCAGCUUCCAACACCACAUACACGACGUGCUCCUCCCAGACAAGGCGGCAGACGUGCGUUUCUUCCGCCGCGGCACCUUGACUCUCCGCGAAGACCACAAGGAGAACAACGUGCACGAAUGGGUCGAAACCGUCCUCGCAAACAUCCAAGGUGGCGGCCGCCUCACCGCUCCCAACCUCCGCCUCCAAAUUCCCGAAUGCGUGAUCCCUGGCUUUUCUGCAGAUUCGCAAAAGCUGCGUCCCGUAAACUAUGUCUUCUCAGGUAUUCAAUUUAGGCAGUCGGUCCAGGGCAAUCUGUUUGGCGAAUCCAUCUCGUACAGUGCGGUGCAAGCGGGCAAGUUUGGGGCAAAUCUCGCGAGCCUAACCGCGCAUUAUAACGGCCACGGGGAUAAGCAAGCGAAGGAUGAAGAGGCGGUCAAGGCGUUUGUGAAGAGGUGUUUUGAUAUUGUCAAUUUAGUCCAUGGUGCCAGUAUGCAGACGUUACCGGUGGGCAAGCUGUUGAGGCCCAGGGACGAGAAUAGUGAGAGGAAGAUAAGGCGAGAAGGUAUGUUCGGGAAGAAGGCGGAUAGGGAGGAGGGUGAAGGUGAGAGAGCAGUUAGUGAAGAGGGCAGGGAGCACGACCUAGGUGGACAGGUGGAGGAAGGGGGGUCGGUGAAUGAUGCUGAAAUACAGGAACGUUCUGCGGAAGACAGUCAUGGCAAUGACAGUCGACUUGAUGAUUCUUCCAAAACACUGGAAUCCGAGCAGUAA